UGCAGGAGAAAGGAGAGAACAGAGUUGGCUUCAGUGUAUCUACUUUUGUUCCCUUCUUCUUAUUUUUUCUUCUUCUUCUUUUUUAUUUGUUUUUUUUUGGAUUUGCACCGCCGCGGCUGCUGCUUCUUCUUCUGUUUUGGACUCUCUGUGAGGAAGAUGAUGAUGAUGAAGAUGAAGGUGAUGAAAAUGUGGAGGAGGAAUCGACCAUGCGACACCGGGAUGAAAUUUUAGACUCUUUUGCAUUCCUCCGCUUUUUAAAGUGUUGACCGAACUGCCUCCGCCAUUCAGACACUGGGGUGGACUCUAUUACCCCCACUACUAUUACCCCUCCUGCUGAAGAGAGGAGGGCAACUUUUUAUUUGAAUACCCUACAUUGCAAAAAAAAACCAAAACAUUAAAAAAACAAAAAACUUGUGAUGCAAAGCUGAACCACAUGCAAAGUUGGUGAGUAAAAGUUAAAGAAGAAGGAAGGGAGAAAGGAGGAGGAGGGGGGAUCGAACUUUGAAAUCGACGCCGAAAAUCGAACGCGCAUUCCGGGGAAGGUUCGUUCUAACACGCCGCUGAAAGGAGUGGAAGUAGCGGUUAGCAGCUAACAGCUAGCGGCUAACUCUCUCCGGCUAGCAUUCUAAAGUUACCCACAGUCGACGACAAGAGAAGAAGAAGGGAAGAAAAAAGAAGAAAAAAAGUGACUUAAACGACUCAUAGACGACGACGACAACAAAGAUGAAAACCUCGACGGAUUCGGGGUUUGCCUUUCCAGAAUGGGCCUACAAACCCGAGUCAAGCCCCGGCUCCAGGCAGAUCCAGCUGUGGCACUUCAUCCUGGAGCUGCUGAGGAAAGAGGAGUACCACGACGUCAUCGCCUGGCAGGGAGACUACGGCGAGUUUGUCAUCAAGGACCCGGACGAGGUGGCCCGCCUGUGGGGGGCCAGGAAGUGCAAACCGCAGAUGAACUACGACAAACUCAGCCGAGCGCUAAGAUACUACUACAACAAGAGGAUUCUCCACAAGACCAAAGGGAAGAGGUUCACCUACAAGUUCAACUUCAACAAACUAGUUCUGGUCAACUACCCCUUCAUCGACAUGGGCACCGGUCGAGGUGUUCCCCAAAGUGCCCCUCCUGUGCCCAGCGGAGGCACCCACUUCCGCUUCCCCCCUUCCACGCCUUCAGAUGUCCUCUCAUCCAGCGAGGAGCUGCGCAGCCCGGGCAUGUUCAGCAGCGUCGCCCGCCGCAUGGCACGCGGCUCCGUCAGCGACUGCAGCGACGGCACCUCCACCAACUCGGAGCUAGAAGAGGCCGUCGGUGCGGAGGAAAGAGGCGUCGGGCCUGAUAGAGGCUUCAGGGGUCUGCUGCCCCCCCGCCUGCCUCAUGAUUCUCUUUUCAGGGUGUACGGCGGAGGCCCUAACCCAGCAGGGCUCCCCAGACCGGGCCACAGAGUCCACCCAGAUCCUAUGUCCCCAUUCCCCGUCUCCCCCCUGCCUGGCCCCGGAGGUCUACUGGGCCCGACUCUGUCCCCAGCCCUCUCCAUGACCCCUACCCCCCACAUGUCCUACACCCCCUCCCCGUCCCUGUCCUCUCCCAUGUUGGGCUCCCACUUCUCCUUCAACACGGAGGAUAUGAAGCACUACCUGCAGGCCCACACCCAGUCCGUCUACAACUACCACCUCAGCCCCAGAGCUUUCCUCCACUACCCCAACAUUAUCAUCCCUCAGCCCCACCGCCCGACUCCGGAGAAGCCGGCCGCCCACCACCUCCACAGCCUCUCUCAUUCGCUGAGCCAGCAGGCAGCAGACAGGGAGGAGGGGCAGCAGCACCCGUCGCCGUUCAAGUUCAAACUGCAGCCGCCACCACUCGGGCGCAAGCAGAAGGACACAGGGAGCUCACUGGCUGCUUCCUCUUCCUCCAGUCAGUCCUCCUUGUUUACAGGAUCUCUCAACUUGGCUGCAGGGCCGCCGAAAAUCAAGGUGGAGCCCAUAUCAGACAUUGAGUCAGAAGAGGAGGUGGAGGUGACCGACAUAAGUGAGGAAGAUGAGAUGAAUCACAACGAGGGUGGCAUCUUCACCCCGACGGCUCUCCACCAUCGUCAUCAGUUCAACAACCAUUACCAAGCUAACGGCACCAGCAUCAGCCCGUCUGCCCCUCCGCCGCACGGCAACCCCGAGGAAGACCCCGACGAUGACGAGGAGGUCUUCAAGACACCCGCCACUCCCAGCAGCGCUAGCCUCGCCUUCCCGCUCAUCAACCUGAAGAGCGAGCCGGGUCAGGCGGCGCCCAUCAGCCCCGGAGGCACGCGCUGCAUCCCGCUCAAACUCCGCUUUAAACGCCGCUGGAGCGAAGACCAGAAGAUGGAGGCGGACGGAGAAAGGGAAGAGGCCGAGGAUAAGAAAGUGAGGGCCGAGGGAGAGGAGGGAGGAGAGGCGGAGGGGAAGAGAGGAGGGGAGGUGGAGAACGGCGGCGGAGGAGGAGGAGGAAGAGGCGUGAUUUUGGGGUUGAUGCUGCCACCACCUCCCACCCAGCGCAGGGCGAGCUCCGAGCUGCAGAGAGCUACGGCACAGCUGUCUCUGGAAAACACUGGCUGCUGAGCUUCACACACACACACACACACACACACACACACACACAGGGGAUCCUACUUAGAUACAAAGCACACACCUCUGGGAGUCUUGUUAACAGAUUUAUUAGUUUUAUAUAGACCAUAAUGCCUUUGUGGGUUCUCAGCGGCAGUACUGACUAAAGCAGGUUUUCACUCUUGACGUAAGAGAAAGAGCUUGAUUAGAAAACCAGCUGAUGAGCUUAAACACUCUGAUCUUACUCUCGAGUGUGUGUUUGAACACAUUCAUGCAUCAUAUGUAUGAAAUUGUGCUUUUUGUGCGUUAAUUAAAGGAGUUAUUGGACACUUUUUACUGACCUCACAGCCCCACCAGCUCCUUUAAUUACUCCACAGAAACCAGAUUUAUUCCUACAUAUGUUACAUUUAUAUGCUCACAACAAGCUAAAUAAAGUCAUUAUGAUCUAUGUAAAAAAAACCUAAAACAUACAUGUGCCUGUGUUAGCCUCUAGUGUGCUGCAAGGUAUGAACACAGCAGACAGUCUAGAGUCUCUCUGCUGUGACUUAAAACACUAAAAAAUUAACCAAACUUAGCCUGUAUAGAAACUUUUGUCCCUUUUUAAAAAAAAGUUAGAGCCCUUUUUUAAAGAGGGAGCGUAUUCUUAAUAUCGCCUUAGGAAUUGCACACUGCCUUUUUUCCUUUUUUUUUUUUUUUAAAUGCCUCCUCACCCUCAUAGUGCCAGUAAGCCUGCCAGGGGAUUGCCUCACAAUCACACCUGUGCCCAGAUUGUGUCUUUUUUUUUGAAAAUGGGAUUAGAUGUGGAUUUUUGUUCACAAAGGCGGCCUGAAUUGUACAGUAAAGUAAAAAAAAAAAUGAAAUGCAUUUUAAUGAAUCUCACCCACUCCAAUCCUGGCUCUCUUUUUUUUUUCUCCCCCUCCUUUUUGUCAGACAUAUCCUGAUGUUACUAAAAAAAUAAAGAUAAAAUAAAAAAUACAAAAAAAAACAGCCCUGAUAGAGAUUACAGAAGUGCCUCUCUUGUCUGCAACCCAUCACCAUGCAGUCGUUUACAAGAUGAAGGGGGCGACGAGCUUAAAAAAAAAAAAGAAAAAAAGAGCCUCAGACACAGAUUCAGAUUCACUGAUGGAUCUUAAAAGACUGAAGAGGGAUUUUUUUUUUUUUACCCCCCCUCUUUUCUCAAAGAGGUGAUUAGAAAGAACUCUCCAAUCACAGUCUUUUCUCCAGGAAGCAACUCGGACACUAUGAGACUGCAUCAGGGCCAGACUGAGUGGGACUCUUCAUCCUCAGCUCCUUCACUACAGUGUAUAAAGACGUAUAAUGAAACAAGGGGUGGACUUGUACAUCUUCUUUUUUUUUUUUUUGAGAACUUAAGCCCCGAGGAGGAGGAGAGAGAAGAACUGACUUUGACCUCUCUUGACCUGCAUCGAUGUUUGUUAACCAGCGAAUUGAAUCGGACGCAGAGGUUCCUACCCGCCUCUACUGUACAGCUUAAAACUCAAAAACCCAACCCCUGGGGGUCUCUUUAAAAAGGAACGCUCCAGAUCUUUCCUCUCCUUUUUCUGUCUUCUUCUGCCGUUCGCUGAGGAGAUGAGGAGGAAGCAACAGCAGCAGCAGCAACCAGCAAGGCUGUAAUUACACACACACGCACACACACACAUACAGACGUUCGUUUUCUGGAUGUGUGUGGACACGAAGCCAGGCCUCAACUGAGUGAAACUGUCACAGAUACAGAGCAGUGUUCUCAGCUAUUAGUGUCCGCAGGGUGACUUCGCACAAUCUUUAAAGGGGGUUAGAGGGGUUUUUUGUUUGUUUUUUUGGUGGUUUGAGGGCAUUCUUAGUGUUCUUUUUUUUUUUUCUCCCUCAAACGUUAAGAUCAACGGCUCUCUUCUGCAUUCCCCUCGUGUUUAAAAGACUGUGUUCUUUCUGUUAAAGGACACUCGUGCCUCUUAAGGACGUGGACAGUAUUUUAGGGCAUUUUGCAGUGAUCUGAGGGCUUUUUUUUUCUUCUUCUUCUUUUUGGAGAUAAUAGCUGAAUCUGUUCAUGUGAUUUUUUUUUUUCUUUUUUCUGAGAAGCAACAAUUGAAGCAAACUGAUUUGUCAAAGAGGGGAGAGGGAGAAAGAGAGAGAGAGCAGGAACCAUGUAAUGAAUGUCAAACAUCAAGCUUAACUCAGGCAAAUCUUCACUGAGAUAUUAAGAAACAACUUAUUUUUAUGACAUUUUAUUCAUAAUAGUUUUAAAAGUGU